UGGCGUCAUCAAUAUUUUUAUUAAAACCAAUUAAAAAAAUGAAAAACCCUAGAGUUUUUUUUUAUUCUUUUUUUUUUUUAUAUUCUUUAUAAAAAAUGGCUGAUAUCACUACCCGCCAAGUUGGUGCUCUCAACACCCUUGAAUACCGUCUCUACUUUGAGAAGAACGGUGUCCCCGUCUCUCCUUUCCAUGAUAUCCCUCUUUUCGCUAACGCCGAAAAGACCAUUCUUAACAUGGUUGUUGAGAUUCCCCGUUGGUCCAACGCCAAGCUCGAGAUCUCCAAGGAAAUUGCCAUGAACCCCAUUGUCCAAGAUACCAAGAAGGGUAAGCUUAGAUUCGUUCGUAACUGUUUCCCCCACAAGGGUUAUAUCUGGAACUAUGGUGCCUUCCCUCAAACUUGGGAAGAUCCCACUGUCAUCCACCCUGAGACCAAGGCUGUUGGUGAUAACGAUCCCAUCGAUGUUAUUGAAAUCGGUGAACAAGUUGCUUAUCCUGGUCAAAUCAAGCAAGUCAAGGUCCUUGGUAUCAUGGCUCUCUUGGAUGAAGGUGAAACUGAUUGGAAGGUUCUUGCCAUCGAUAUCAACGAUCCUUUGGCCUCCAAGUUGAACGAUAUUGAGGAUGUUGAGAAGCAUCUUCCUGGUCUCGUUCGUGCUACCAAUGAAUGGUUCCGUAUCUACAAAAUCCCUGAUGGAAAGCCCGAGAACGUUUUCGCUUUCAGCGGUGAAGCCAAGAACAAGAAGUAUGCUACUGAUAUUGUUCAAGAGACUCAUGAAGCCUGGAAGGCUCUUAUCUCUGGUGCCUCUGACAAGAAGGAUAUUGAGACUGUCAACACUGCUGUCGAAGAUUCCCCUUACAAGUCUGACUCUGUUGAUGUCCCUGCCGCCUCUCCCAAGCCCGAUGCUCCCAUUGAUGCCUCUGUUGACAAGUGGUUCUUCAUCUCUGGUCACAACUUGUAAAUUCAAUACAUAACCAAAAAAAUAAAAAAAUUCAAUAUCAUAUACACAAUAA